GGAACUGCCUGAACGGUUGCCAAACUUAACUCCCUAGUCUUCGCGACUGGUCCCCUGGGACUACGAGGUCCCUCAGUUCCCCGAGGGUGGAUGCUGGAGGCAAGAUCAGAGUUGAUUUUAGGGUCCAUGCUUGGACUGAGGGACGGGUCAGCCUCCAGUGCCCAGCCUCGGGGAGGAUUAGGCAGACGCGACCCCUAGGACGCACAGACACCCGCUUGUCCCCUGUCCAGCAGGCAGUCCUGCUGCUCCCGCGCCUCCUUAAAGCCGCAGCUCCGCCCUGCCCGCCCCGCCCACCCGCGGUUUUACCCAACCGCCGGGUCCCGAGCGACACCGCCGAGCGUCACAAAGCCACGAGCCCACAAAAGAGCGCGCAACCCUCUGCGUCCCGGUGCCGGAUCGCCCAUCCCAGCUCCACCAUCAUCACCCGCCACCAUGUCCAGCGAGGAGCUGGCCCGCAAGCUGCAGCGCCGGUUGAGACUAGAGGCGUUGGCCGAGAACAACCACGGCGCCCCGCAGCCUGCACCCUACGCUGCCCCAGCGGGGGACCAGGAGCCUGAACCGCCUGCCCGGGCGCCCAUGGCCAGCGCGGAUUCGGAGCUGAGCGCCCAGCUGAACCGCAGGCUGGACAUCCACCAGGGCGCAGCUCGGUCCCGCCGCAGCAAGGUCUUCAACCCCUACACCGAGUUCCCAGAGUUCAGCCGCCGCCUCCUCAAGGAUCUGGAGAGCAUGUUCAAAAUCAGGUAUGAUGCUGGAAGGGAUGGCUUUAUCGACCUGAUGGAGCUGAAGCUCAUGAUGGAGAAACUGGGGGCUCCCCAGACCCACCUGGGCCUGAAGAGUAUGAUCAGAGAGGUGGAUGAGGACUUCGACGGCAAGCUCAGCUUCCGGGAGGUUCUGAUCAGCCAGGCCCUUGAGAGCAGUCCUCUUAACCACUGGGCCAUCUCUCCAGCUUCCUCUCGCCUGUUUCAUUCAGAGGCCACCACAGGUGAUCCAACUGAAUCGAAGCUACGUGGCCAUCUUUUGGUUAGCUUCUGGUGUGGCCAUUUCUCACAGAGGUGGACAUCCAAGGUCUGGAGAGCUCCAGAGCAGUUUUGUCAGCUCUCGGCCCCUUUCCUGCUCAUUUUUCACAAGGCCGCCGCUGGCGAGCUGCAGGAGGACAGUGGCCUGUUGGCGCUGGCCAAGCUUUCUGAGAUUGAUGUCGCCCUGGAGGGCGUCAGAGGUGCCAAGAACUUCUUCGAAGCUAAGGCCCAGGCCUUGUCAUGCUCCAGCAGAUUUGAAGCUGAGUUAAAAGCUGAACAAGAUGAGCGGAAACGGGAGGAGGAGACUAGGAGGCUCCGCCAGGCAGCCUUCCAGGAGCUCAAGGCUGCUUUCAGCACAUAGUCCUGCUGACCUGACCCAUGACCACAGCUGUGCCUUCUUGACGCCCUGGAGGAGAUGACCAGAAUUUUCACAUUUUUUUCCUCUCUGCCUGAAUGACCCCCUCCUCCCCCCGACACCCCAGGCUUGUGUUUUAGUGCCUCUGGAUAACCAGAGGCUGCUUUUAUCCUUCCCAGGGUCCUGGCCUCUUCGGAAAAGGCUUGCCCAGUUGGCCUUUCCUGCCUUCGCUCCUCUGCUGUUAUCUGUAGCCGAGACUUGUUUCUUCUUGAAAACAGUCUUUGUCCCUGCGUGGUUCUGUGUCAACGAGUCCUGUUCAUCUAUGGUCCUCAGAGGACAUGUUGCCUCUUUCUUGGAUGGUUCUUCCCGGUGGUCCUUGCAUUGUUUCCUGGCCACCAUCUCUCUACUCAGAUUGCAUUGACUUCUUUUUCACUGGCUUCCAUCCUAAUGUCAUGGUGGGAUUUGAAGGAGGACUUGUGUGGAUCAUUACCUGCGCCCUCUCAUAUUGCCUGUCUCCUGGCCCCUAACAAUGCCUACCCUCUAGUUCCCCCUCAUCCUUUUCUUUCUAUUUCAGCCAUUUCCCCACUCCUAAGUCCUUUACUGUAAGAACAAAAGAAUUGUUGGAAGUAAUGUUAAUGAGCAGAAGGAUAUCUGUCACCUGGCUCCAUGCAAAUCAGAGUGGACCCCUGAAAUUCUCAAGUGACACAUCAAGAUCUUUUGAAAUCCCAGAAGUUGUGGCCAUCUUCCAGUGUCUGACAUCAGCUCCAAGGAGCUAAAGGAAAGGUAUUGUCAGCGUGGGACAAAUUUUUGUAUCUUGUGAGUUCUUGGGAUUUCUCACAAAUUCCAGGGGGUUGUAUUUUUUAACAAACAAACAAACAAACAAAAAAUCCCAAUGUCAUAUUUAUUACUUCUCUUUUGUAACUGUUGUCUUUGCAAUAAAGAAAACAUCUGCCUUUUUAUCUUAAAGCUGUUUCCUUUUAAAUAAAAUGUGCAAAUAAUCUUUGCCUUCA